GCGAGAGCCCGAGCCGCGGGCGGGCGGCGAAGAUGGCAGAGGCGCCGGCGUCCCCGGCCCCGCUCUCUCCACUGGAAGUGGAGCUGGACCCGGAGUUUGAGCCCCAGAGCCGGCCGCGCUCCUGUACGUGGCCCCUGCAGAGGCCGGAGCUCCAGGGGAGCCCGGCCAAGCCCUCGGGAGAGGCGGCCGCUGACUCCAUGAUCCCCGAGGAGGAGGACGAUGAAGACGACGAGGACAGCAGCAGUCGGGCCGGCUCGGCCAUGGCGAUCGGCGGCGGCGGGUGCGGCACGCUGGGCGCUGGGCUGCUGCUCGAGGACUCGGCCCGGCUACUGGCUCCCGGAGGGCAGGACCCCGGGUCCGGGCCAGCCCCCGCCGCGGGCGCGCCGAGCGGGGCGACGCAGACGCCGCUGCAGCCUCAGCAGCCACUGCCACCGCCGCAGCCGGGGGCGGCUGGGGGCUCCGGGCAGCCGCGGAAAUGCUCGUCGCGGCGGAACGCCUGGGGGAACCUGUCCUACGCAGACCUGAUCACUCGCGCCAUCGAGAGCUCCCCGGACAAACGGCUCACUCUGUCCCAGAUCUACGAGUGGAUGGUGCGCUGCGUGCCCUACUUCAAGGAUAAGGGCGACAGCAACAGCUCUGCCGGCUGGAAGAAUUCUAUCCGGCACAACCUGUCGCUACAUAGCCGGUUCAUGCGUGUCCAGAACGAGGGGACCGGCAAGAGCUCUUGGUGGAUUAUCAACCCUGACGGAGGGAAGAGUGGGAAGGCACCCCGGCGGCGGGCUGUCUCCAUGGACAACAGCAACAAGUAUAGCAAGAGCCGAAGCCGCGCAGCCAAGAAGAAGGCAGCCCUGCAGACGGCUCCUGAGUCAGCGGACGACAGUCCCUCCCAGCUCUCCAAGUGGCCUGGCAGCCCCACCUCGCGCAGCAGCGAUGAGCUGGAUGCAUGGACGGACUUCCGCUCGCGCACCAAUUCCAAUGCCAGCACGGUCAGCGGCCGUCUGUCACCCAUCCUGGCGAGCACAGAAUUGGAUGACGUCCAGGACGAUGACGCACCCCUCUCCCCCAUGCUCUACAGCAGCUCAGCCAGCCUUUCGCCCUCUGUAAGCAAGCCGUGCACCGUGGAGCUGCCACGGCUGACCGACAUGACGGGCACCAUGAAUCUGAAUGAUGGGCUGGCUGACAACCUCAUGGAUGACCUGCUGGAUAACAUCACGCUCCCGUCAUCCCAGCCAUCCCCCACCGGAGGGCUCAUGCAGCGGAGCUCCAGCUUCCCGUACACCACCAAGGGCUCUGGCCUGGGCUCUCCAGCCAGCUCCUUUAACAGCACGGUGUUUGGACCCUCAUCUCUGAAUUCCCUGCGUCAGUCUCCCAUGCAGACCAUCCAAGAGAACAAGCCAGCCACCUUCUCUUCCAUGUCACACUAUAGCACCCAGACACUCCAGGACCUGCUCGCUUCAGACUCACUCAGCCACAGCGAUGUCAUGAUGACCCAGUCGGACCCCUUGAUGUCUCAGGCCAGCACCGCUGUGUCUGCCCAGAAUUCCCGCCGAAACGUGAUGCUUCGCAAUGACCCAAUGAUGUCCUUUGCUGCCCAGCCUAACCAGGGGAGUUUGGUCAAUCAGAACUUGCUCCACCACCAGCACCAAACUCAGGGCGCUCUCGGUGGCAGCCGUGCCUUGUCGAAUUCUGUCAGCAACAUGGGCUUGAGCGACUCCAGCAGCCUUGGGUCAGCCAAACACCAGCAGCAGUCUCCUGUCAGCCAGUCUAUGCAAACCCUCUCGGACUCUCUCUCAGGCUCCUCCUUGUACUCAACUAGUGCAAACCUUUCCGUCAUGGGCCAUGAGAAGUUCCCCAGCGACUUGGACCUGGACAUGUUCAAUGGGAGCUUGGAAUGUGACAUGGAGUCCAUCAUCCGUAGUGAACUCAUGGAUGCUGAUGGGUUGGAUUUUAACUUUGAUUCCCUCAUCUCCACACAGAACGUUGUUGGUUUGAACGUGGGGAACUUCACUGGUGCUAAGCAGGCCUCAUCUCAGAGCUGGGUGCCAGGCUGAAGGAUCACUGAGGAAAGGGGAAGUGGGCAAAGCAGACCCUCGAACUGACACAAGACCUACAGAGAAAACCCUUUGCCAAAUCUGCUCUCAGCAAGUGGACAGUGAUACCGUUUACAGCUUAACACCUUUGUGAAUCCCACGCCAUUUUCCUAACCCAGCAGAGACUGUUAAUGGCCCCUUAUCCUGGGUGAAGCACUUACCCUUGGAACAGAACUCUAUAUAUAAAGUAUGCAACUCUUCCUUGUACGGGGCAAUGUGCCACCUGCCAGCAAAGGACAGCACCCUGUCAGCACCGCCCACCUUCAGCCAGAGCACCCUGUGUGAGCCCCCUGUUGGCUUUUCUGUGGUGUUUCAAUAUCGCGAUGGUUUAUGGGAUGUUUUAAAUGUUUUGUGUUUGUUUUCUUUUGACUUUCUGAGUUUUUUCACAUGCAUUAACUUGCGGCAUUUUCUUAAAAUGUUAAUCAUUCUUUCCCUGUCAAAUUUAAAAACAGAAGGAAAAUGUACCAGUUACCAUUCUGGCUUUGGGCAUCGCAAGCGUUUGAGUCUGUGGAACUACAUAAACUAACAAAUUACAUAAACUAGAGGGGGAUUUUCUUUCUUCUUUUGUUUGUUAGAAAACUAUCCUUUUCUGAAAACUGAACAAUGGCACAACUGUUUGCUGUGCGCACUGGUCCAGGGCUGAACGAAUGGAGCGUGGCCACUGACCCAGUGCGUCCUCAGUCCUGAGUCAGGGCGGCCGGGGAACAAGACCCCAGCCCCUGGUCUGCCAUCGCCACAUCGGGAGGGUCUGCGGUCUUCUGUCAGUCUCCUCAGCUAAUGCGGUGAAUAGUGAUGCUAUAUGUUGGUUAGAAAUUUGGAUCUUUUCAGGAAAGAAAUCAGCUCACCUGUCCACUAAUUGUCGAAUGCCACUAAAGGAUUUAAUGUUAAGGAGAAAAGGAAAAGAAAAAAGUAGUCCUGUUUCGUUUUGCAGAAAAAAUGAACUUGCAGGUGAGCAUUAAGCCAGCAGUGAGAAAUGGGUGAGAAGUACAAACCCAAGUCGGUGCUGAGGGAGUUCUAACUUCACUGUUUUCCUAAGUACACCCUUUGAUUAUUUUUAAGCCUUGCUGUGUAUAAUCCAAUCUACUAGAUGUGUGAGUGAGAGGCAAUAGCAUACAAACUGAUUUUUUUAUAUAUAAUCUUAUAAUCUUAGAUUGUAAUUGUGCAAGUGACACAAUGGAAGUAUAAGAUACGGCAGUUUUGACUCCCCCCCCCGCCCCCCCCCCAAUUUCCUGCUUGUAUGGAUUUCAUUUUGUUUUGUUUUCAAAAGUUAUGGUGCUGUAUAGGUGCUUUCUGUCUAACCUGGAAAGUGUGAUUAUACUAGUGAACUUCUUUGGCAGACAGAAUAGUUGGGAACACCUUGGGUACAUAUGAAACUGGUGUAACAACGCUCUGAUUAGCACAGCAUAUGCAUACUUCUCCAAAGUGAUAUAUGAAGACCCUUUUCUUUGCAUAAAAUGCAUUAGGCAUAUAAAUAUAUAAAUAUAUUUUAUCAUGUACAGUACAAAAAUGGAACAUUCUGCAUGGACGUUAGGAAUACAGGCUAGUAUUUCAGCACAGACCUCCCUGCAUGAGUUCUCGCUGACGCUUGCCCCGUGCAGUGGGCACCGACUCCCUUCCACCAACACAGACGUGCCACCCGCCCCCCUGCACUCACUACCAGCCGCCAGGGGCCCCCUUGUGCACCUUUGCUUUAUAACGUUUCUGGGGGUAACUAAUAUUGGUGGUGAUAACAGCUCCUAGCAUAAUGAAAGUUCCAUUUGGUAUUGUCACGUCUCUCCCACCUCGCUUGGGUCGUCAUGUUUGAGCGACGGCCCUGUUGAUUUCACCCUGCCUUUUACUGAAUCUGUAAAUUUUUGUGCAACCGUGGUUAUAGUAGACCUGUAGCGCGUGUCGCCUUUUCUAAACUGCUACAAGUUUAUAAUCUUCAUUUUAAAAGUAUGUAAUUUUUUAAAAUAUGUAUUCUAUUCACGGUCUGCUUGUCAGUGAGACAGACUUUGCUUCCUGUAUUCCUUUAUAUAAUGCUAGCCACUUUCUCGAUUCUUUGGUAGUCUGCUCUACACAAGCACUGUCUAGGAUCAGCGAAAGAGGGAGGGCUGCCUCUCUGGGUUUCUGAGUGAUGCUGCCCUGGGUGGAGAUGCAGUUCAGAGACAGUGGCAGCAGCUGAGCGGGAAGGAGGUGGGUGGAGGGAUAUCGGAUACAAGGGAGAAUCCAGAGUGCUUCCAACAUGAGAGCCCUGAGGAUUUCUCUCCUGAGCUCAAAGAAACAAGCAAGCUAACAAAAUAGCUAUUUGCCUUUGCAGCUUUAUAGACCCUGGGAGCUACUUUUGGAAUAAGAAAGGCAACCCUCAAAUGUGUUCCAACUUUAAAAUCCUUUCAGACAUGUGACAUCUCAUUUAUUCUUUUUUUUCCCCCCCGCGUUUGUUACAUUUCAGGCAGCAUGUCCUACCAAAUGUCCUAGAACCAGAUUAUAAUGUAAUCUGAAACAGCUGAGGGCGGAAUAGAGCCGGUAUGAGAGCAGGGCAGCCACAGAGCAGAUCAGGCAAAUGGAGGGGAAGGGAUGCUUUGCAUUUUUUAUUUUUUGAAUAACUCACACAGCAUCUACAUGUAGAGACUUGUGGAGAGCUGAGAUCAGGGCAAAGUCAAGUGCCAGCAUCAGUCCCAGGAGGGGGUCAGAAUGGAAUAAUUAGGCCUGUCCAGGAUUAUGGCAGCUGUACUGUCACCCUUGGCCACACUUAGCUGGCCACCCAUCCAGAAGCCAGGCUCCCUUAGACCUGCUGGGUUCUAAAGUGGUCAUACUGAGCAGAGGUUUGACCUAAGCCCUCUCUUAUAUUGAGACCUGCUUUCAGGAAGGGCCGACUGUUGGCCACCAUCUGGAGUUCUGAGUGUCACGGGUCCCUCACCAUCUCAGCAGAAUGCUUAGAAGCCUCUGGGGUCCUGGCCACUGUCAUGUUUACAUCCUGAUGAGAACUAUCUGGGGCAACCCUCAGCCUCUAAAUAAGCUGCUCUAGGGAGCCUUCUACUUUUUGAUGGGAAAUUAGAAGAGUAACUAAUAUUGAAAGCAUGACAUGUAUUCUGGGGCUCUGUUGUUUUCUUCAGGGUUCUAGAACCAGAUAACUUUUACCAAAGUUAGAAAAGAGCUUUAUCACAAGCUUUCACUGUCCUGGUAUGAGGACUGACUGCCAGGUUCAGCGUACCCCAUUAACUGUGAAUGAAUCUGAGGUCAGUUUCCUUUAUUGCAUCCUCUGUAAUAUAAUAUAAUGAUUGCUGAAACAGUUUUUAAAAUUUCCAAAGUCUCUUUCCUGUUAACAGGGGGAUUGUGCACACACACAUAGGACAAGGCGGACUCCUGUGUUUGGUGUUGAGUUUUAGCAUGACAUGAAAGGCUUCCCCACCCUGAGGACAGGACCUCAUGGCUUGCUGCUCAGGACAGGUAUGCUCCGUCUCAGGGUGUCAUUUGCGGUGGCUUCCAAACCUGUUAAAGAUGGUUGGCACAGACUUCGUCUCUACCUAAUGACCUCCUCCCCUCCGCCACCACACAUACACACAGACUUAAAGAAUCUCUUGGACCAUCAAGAGAAAAACAGCCAAACAGCCAGUUUCCUUUCGAGCACUGCUGCCUCCAGCUGGCAAGGGGAAAUAAAAAUGUAACCCUUUCUCUCUGAACCGCAGAAACAAAACCGUGACAGCUCUGAACUCUGAUUUCCUUUCUCUUGCUAUAUUUGGGGAACAUUGUAUGAUGAGGCAUAAUUUUUUUUUUUUUAAUCAAGAAAAGCAAAACAUUUUGUAAAAAUGCAAUCACUGGCAAAGAGGUACGAAAAAGCCAGCCUCUCCUAGAGACUUGGGGAGGCAAGGUCAAAUGGAGGGGAAGUGAAGUUCUUGUGAAAUCAUGUCAAGAUCUGAAAGCAGAUGCCCAAGUAACUGAAAAGAAUAUAUUAUUUUUGAUUUAAAUCUUUUGUGGGUAACAUUUUAUGCAGUUUGAAUGAAUGAAAUCUUUUUCUCUAGUUUUAUUUGUAUGGUUUUUUGUUGUUUUUGGAUGAACGAUUGGUUAUGAGGCCUCUGCCACACUCCAGAAAUACUUGUGUAGCUGCUUUUAAAAAUUGUGUCUGGUCACUUAUUUCUCUAAAGUUAUCUCAUUGCCUGGCAAUCAGUCUUCUCUCGUAUACUUGUCCUAGCACAUUAUAUACUUGGGAAAUGUAAACAGGUGUGAAGGAGGACCAGAAAAAUUAGUUAAUAUUAAAAAAAUGUGUUGUGCAUUUUGGCUUCACAUGUUUAACUUUUUUUAAGAAAAAAAAAAGUUGCAUGAAUGGGAAAAAUAUCUGUAUACAGUAUCUGUAAAACUGUCUUAUCUGUUUGAAUUUCUCGCUCAUACCCCAUACAACUAGAAUUAAAUAUGGUGCAUGGCCAUAUUCAGACACCUAAGAGUCAAGCAGUUGAUACUUUGGUUUGAAGCGCCUCAUCCUUUCUUUCAACGCGAACACUAUCAUAUUGCAUUUGUACUGAGGAUUUUGUCUAACCAUAUGUUGCCAUGAAUUAACUCUACCACCUUUCUUCUCAAGAAUCAAAGCCAGUUUGAUUUGGGAGUCUUCCCCUUUCCAAAUGAAAUAGAAAUGCAGUACUUACUUUCCUUGGUGUUUGUAGAUAUUGCCUUGUGUAUUCCAUUUAAAACCGUAAUCUAGUUUGUAAAAGAGAUGGUGACGCAUGUAAAUAAAGCAUCAGUGACACUCUGUCUUACUCCAA